CCUCUCCAUUCGUGGCGUAAAUUGAACAUCGGAUGGUCAUAUUCCUUCUUGCUCGCCGUUGAGGAGGUAUCGAGCUCAGAUCCCAAUACUGACCGAGACGGUUCCUUCUGACAGGUCAUGCAUCCUGUGGAUGUUCGGUUCCACUCUUGCCUCCUGUCAUAGAUCUAUCUAAAGCUCACUAUGUAAACAAACAACCUGGACACCUUUCUUCCAUAUGGAUAUCUUUCUUCCACACAUAUUCCAUCUCUUACGUCUGAUCAACAAGGACCAGGCCACCCCGCCCGCACAGAAACCAGAACUAAAGAUGAUCCGACUCACGACAUUGUGUGCCCUUGCCCUCGCACUCUAUGGGCAGUCUGCACAGGGCCUGACAUUCAGCCGAAAGCUCUCGAGAGACUCGGGGGCAGCCGCGAAUCCUCUGCCGGGUGGAACAGCUCUCAAGCAGGCUAGCCGAGCAGGAAUCGUCAAGAGACAGCAACAGCUCGCACGUUCAGAUCGCCUGCGACCAAGAACAUCAGGCGCUUCCACGAGCCCUUCAUACGACUAUUGCCCCGGUUUCUCAUCCGGGCCGCCCAAGCCCCACGCAGUGUACAUGAAUGUGGGGGCACCCACAGAGGGCGCUUACGACGAUACAGUCGUCUCAAGCUUGAGUGACUGCAUAGCAUAUGUUGACACUACCUAUGGAACUCAAUUUUUUGGAGCCUUUAAUUCUGCAGAAAAUCCAGCAACCUGUUAUGUCUACGAAGGCUCUCCGGGUACCUCCGACUACACGAGCACAGGCUCCUUCACCCUCUUCGCGCAGAAGAGCUGCGCUGACAAUGCGAUAAACGCGGGAUCUUCGACGACAUGUUGCAACGCUCCCACUACAGCUUAAAGCGUCCCCAUCUUUCUUUUUUGCGUGAGAACAAGGUCUGAUUGUCGGGCAGCGGUGCUCAAACUGCGUCUUCGUUGUCCGUUUCGGUAUCUUGCACCAAGCUCACGCAGACGGUCCUGGUGGCUUAUGGAUGGGGGCACAAUGGAGGUUAUAAUUUAGAGGCUCACCAGCAUCAUGCCCUCUCGUCUUUAGCGAUGGCGGUGUCAUCCAUGUUGUG